ACCUGGCACACAAGCCCUGGGGCUGCAGCAUUUGGUGGCAUCCCUGCCAGGCAGUGGCUCACCAGCCUGGGACCCUCCACCCUCCCUAAACAGACCUUGAGACUCCCCCAGGAACUGGCCUGACAGACACUUGAGGCCCAAGCACGCGCUGCCCGACGUGCAGGACCUCGCACGCCCAUGGAGGGCCUGGGCCGCUCGCCCCUGUGGCUGCGCCAGGAGCUGUCGCCCCCGCGCCCGCGCCCGCGGCUGCUGCUGUUGGACUGCCGCAGCCGGGAGCUGUACGAGUCGGCGCGCAUCGGCGGGGCGCUGAGCGUGGCCCUGCCCGCGCUGCUGCUGCGCCGCCUGCGGAGAGGGAGCCUGUCGGUGCGCGCGCUCCUGCCCGGGCCGCCGCUGCAGCCGCCCCCUCCCGCCCCGGUGCUCCUGUACGACCAGGGCGGGGGGCGGCGCCGGCGCGGAGAGGCAGAGGCCGAGGUCGAAGAGUGGGAGGCCGAGUCGGUGCUGGGCACCCUGCUCCAGAAGCUGCGUGAGGAAGGCUACCUGGCCUACUACCUACAGGGUGGCUUCAGCAGAUUUCAGGCAGAAUGCCCCCACUUGUGUGAAACCAGCCUCAAUGGCCGCGCUGGCUCAGGCAUGACCCCAAUGCCCAGCCCAGCGCCCGUUGUGGGGCUGGGUGGCCUGUGCCUGAGCUCCGACUUGUCUGAUGUGGAGUCUGAGGCUGAUCGCGACUCCAUGAGCUGUGGCUUGGAUUCAGAAGGCACCACGCCCCCUCCAACUGGGCUCCUGCCAUCCUUCCCAGUCCAGAUCCUGCCCAACCUAUACCUGGGCAGUGCUCGAGAUUCAGCCAACUUGGAGAGCCUAGCCAAGCUUGGCAUCCGCUACAUCCUCAAUGUCACCCCCAACCUCCCAAACCUCUUUGAGAAGAAUGGUGACUUCCACUACAAGCAGAUCCCCAUCUCUGACCACUGGAGCCAGAACCUGUCCCAGUUCUUUCCGGAGGCCAUUGCAUUCAUUGAUGAGGCCUUGUCCCAGAACUGCGGGGUGCUCGUCCACUGCCUGGCAGGGGUCAGCCGCUCUGUCACCGUCACCGUGGCCUACCUCAUGCAGAAACUCCACCUCUCACUCAACGACGCCUAUGACCUGGUCAAGCGGAAGAAGUCUAACAUCUCGCCCAACUUCAACUUCAUGGGGCAGCUGCUAGACUUUGAACGCAGCCUGCGCCUAGAGGAGAGGCGCGCCCGGGGUCAGGACAGUGGAGGUCCUGAGUCCACUGCCUCCGAUCCACCCUCCUUCUUCACUACCCCCACCAGCGAUGGGAUCUUUGAGCUGGAUCCCACAUAAGGCCCUGCAGGGCCGCCUGGCUGGUCCCCACCUGUGACCCCAUGUGUUUGGGGGAGGGGACGCAGCUGUA